AAAUUGGCAUUGGAGCAAGAUGGCGAUCCGUGCGAGCCGUCGACUCCCAGAGUGAAGUCGUCGAUGGGUGUGUUUUCGCCCAAACCGGACGCUAAAAACCAUAUCGACACGGUGCACCGCCUCUGACACCAUGGACGGAGACGCGGGAGCGAAGGAUGCCGACGUCAGGGCCGAGAACGAGUCCCUCAAGCUCGAAAUCGAGCGUCUCCACCGAGAGCUCGCCCAGACGAGCCACGAAAAGAUCCAGUCGGCCCAGUACGGGCUCGUCCUGCUCGACGAAAAACAGGCCCUCCAACAGAGAUGCGACGACUUGGAAGCGAUCUGCGACACCACGAAACACGAGCUGGACAUAGUUAAAGAGGCCUUGGCCAAGGUGCAGACGAGCCAGAAGGUCACCACGACCACUGGCAUCGAGCAGGAGGAAAGCCUUCUCCAGGAGACUGCAACCAAAGAGGCGUCGCUCACCUCUUCUCUUCAAGAGCUCGAAAAAGAGCUGAAGCAGGUUCGUCAGGAGCUCAGUCGGGUGCUGGCGGAGAGGGAACGUCUUCAGAACGAGAACUUUGAGAUCUCGAAGCACGGGGAUGUGUCGGACUGGGAACGCAAGAACCUGCGCUCUGAGCUCAAGGACAUGAAGCUCAGGGAGCAGAGGCUCCUCACGGACAACAACGAGCUCGAGGAAGAGAACAUCUCGCUGCAGAAGCAGGUGUCCUCGUUGCGCUCGUCUCAGGUGGAGUUUGAGGGAGCGAAGCACGAGGUCCGGCACCUGAAAGAGGAAGUGGAGUCGCUGAAUGCCCAGCUGGAAGAGCUGGGGUCGCUGAGGCGCAUCGGAGAGCAGCAGCUCGAGGAAGCGCUGGAGGCGCUCCAGUCGGAGCGCGAACAGAAGUAUGCGCUCCGCCGCGAGUUGGACCAGCGGCUCACCGCGGAGUCGCCCGUGUUCCACCUCGACGGACUCUCCUUCGCCGGUUUCCGCCUCGGAAAUUCAAACCAGGACGAAAGCAACCGCGGUGAAGACGAGGACGGAGAGUCGGGGGCCCCUGUCCUGAAGCAGAUUGAGGCUGACUUCAUCAACCAGCCCAUGGCAGAAAAGGUGGAAGGAUCGACUACCUGCAGACCCUCCACGGUGGGCGACCUACUAAGCGAGCUCAACCUCACCGAAAUCAGGAAGCUGGAGAAACAGGUGGAGCAGCUGGAGUCCGAGAAGGGCCACCUUUCGGGCUGCCUGGAAGAUGCCCAGCUGGAGUUGGAGAAGUUCCGUGCCGAACCCGGCAGCGACCAGCGCCUGGCCGUGGCUCGCCUGCUCGGCCCGAUCCGGGCCCUCAUCGCGCUCCACGGGGACGACGUCGGUGCGGAGUGCAACGAGAAUGACACGAACGACGCGACGAAGCUGAAGAAGCUGCUGGAGAAGCACGAGCAGCGCUACCGCAAGGCCAUUCAGCAGAUUGCAACGCUCCAGGCAGAGUUGGACGGACUCGGCGACUCUGGCGCCGGUGGGGACUCUGACAGUGUCCUGAGCAGCAAGCUUCGCGAUGAGAUCGCCAACCUCAAGAACAAGGUGCACGACUACGAGCAGCUGAUUUCGGACAUCAAGGACGACCUGAACAUUGUGAGCAACGCCACUGACAUGACUCAGACAAGGCUGGGCUCAACUCAGGAAGAGCUCCUGGCGGUAUCAGAUGACCUGGCCCAGCUGUACCACCACGUGUGCACCGUCAACGGUGAGACACCCAGCAGGGUGGUCCUGGACCAUGCCAAGGGGUCGCGCAUCGAGGAUGGCGAGACCAUGGCAUCCACGGAGGACGUUCCAUCAACGGAGAAGACGCCUGCGACGGAUGGCCUGCCCAUUGAACGUCUACGCACGGAGCUCUUCCGUGCGGCCCUGCUCCGCGAGAACCUCCUCGACCCCUCGCAGUGCGUCACUCUGGGCGAAACGCUCAGAGACCAGGUCCGCCACCUCCGCGUCGCCGUGGAAACGACCAUGGAGAUGGGCCGCAACCGCGUGCCCACCAUUGGCGACGGCGCAGGCUCCAUCGAGGAGGAGGAACUCCAGGAACAGGUCAUCAAGCUGAAGUCUCUCCUGUCCACCAAACGAGAGCAGAUUGCAACGCUCCGUGCCGUCCUCAAGGCCAACAAGCGGACCGCCGAGGUCGCCCUGACCAACCUCAAGUCCAAGUACGAGACAGAGAAGGCCGUGGUCAGCGAGACGCUGUCCAAGCAGCGCCACGAGCUCAAGAGUCUCAAGGAGGACGCGGCGACGUUCGCGUCGCUGCGCGCCAUGUUUGCGGCGCGUUGCGAGGAGUAUGUGGCGCAACUGGACGACCUUCAGCGGCAGCUGGCGGCAGUGGAGGACGAGCGGAAGACGUUGAACUCGCUCCUGCGGAUGGCGAUCCACCAGAAGCUGGCGCUGACCCAGCGUUUGGAGGACAUGGAGAUGGACCGGGAGCGGUCGCAUCUCAGGAGGCACACGGGCACGCCGCGAAGGGGCCCCGCCCAGCAGGGCGCCUCGACGAAUCAGCAGCAGCAGCGCGGGAGUCCCCACCACACCUCGCUGCCUUUCUUCGGCUAUGGGAGUCACCAGCGAAGAGACUACUGAGGCGAGGGGUGCCCUGUUGUUUGCCGGGAUGGGGGGGGGGUCCCCCCCGAGCGUUGGGCGGUGGCCAAUCGAAUCCCGAAGGCCUCUGGCGUUUUUCUGGAAGAAAGCAACUGGAAAGGAGACUCGAAGCAGAAGAUGACUUGCUCUUUUUGAGGUGGGAUGCUGUUUCACUUGUUUCCGAGGUGGUGUGUGUCCUUCUGGACAAGCCGUUGGAGGGAAGUCUCCAAACAGAAGACAAGUUUGUGAACGAAUUGCGGCUUCAAGUCUUCGACAAUGACCAACGACGAACCGCUCUAGAAGUCUGUGGCGGGGGUGCACUUCAAGUCUCUCAUGAACCUGGAAGACGGGACACAAAGCUAAGGAUGACGGGCCGUCUCCAGUAUCGGGAUGAUACCUUUUGCAGUCUGAACCGGGUUAUUUGCACGGUUACCUGUCCUGCAGAAGAACAGUAUUUGCAGCUUUAGGAGCCAUAUGCUUUUUUCAUAUCCUUAAGAUAUGUACACAGCAACAAAGAAGUGGCAAAAGAAAGGAACUUUUUGAGGAUUCCGCUGUAGGAAACCUCCUCUUGGUGGAACGCUGGCUCCCGCAUGGAAUUCAUGGUUGUUAGCAGGGGACUGCUACCGCCAAAGGUUGACUGCUCUCUGCUCUCGUGACAAGGAGGAUCAUUGUGCGGUGUGUCUCUCGAAGACUUGGCCACCAGGAGGAUUACUAGAGUGUGAUGGUCAAGCAUCUACAAAGUCUGUCCUUCCAGAUCCUUCCAGGACAAACCCUCUGAAUAGUUUGUUCUUCAAAUGUGCAGUGCAUGACAAUUUUUCCAGUAUGGUCUGUGGUUAGUAGUUACAAGGUCAAGUUUGGUGCCACUCAGAACGAUGCCGGUUCCUCGAGUAUAGCGUUGGUCCGAACAAUCCGUUGGGGCUCUGGACGCUUCUUAUUCGAGGGCGGUAUGCGACGCCUAGAAAGGAGUCUUGGUAGGUCACGAAUAUUUGGUGCCAGGUUUGGUUGAAACCUUAGGGGACAUGUUUUUCUAUUUCCUGCGCCACGGUUGAAAAACCUGGAGGGUUUGUACGGUUCGGUUUUACAUCGUUCUGCUCGGGAAGCUUCGGCAGAAGUGCUGAUAGUGGAAUGAAUUGUCCGGCCUAGGUGCAAGAUGGUGUUUUUGAGUAUGAGGAGCAUUCCAGUCGAAAUCAUUUUACUGCAAAGUUGUUAUGCAUGAUUAGAUUACGUAAUCGUCUAACUGCGUUUUUGCGCCUUCCCUUUUUUUUUUACACUUUGUUGCUUUUACAGCGACGGUCUUCGGUUGGAGAAGGACUUUAUAUUUUCGAGAUUGGAGAGCUGAGACUGACCGACGCUUUCGGUGAUGGCAUACGUCUUAUUUCGUCAAGCGGUUUGGCUUCUGCACGUGCAUGGCACCUCGACAAGAGGCGGUUUUAGUGAAAUCUCCAAAGAGACCUAACACUAACCUAGCUAGCCUUGUUUAUUGACGGACGCAACUUAUACCAGUCGCUGCGUUGCGGGUUUGGGCAGUCGUGUAUCCACCACUGUUUCGUGAUUGCCCAUUAUGUAAACCUUUAGAGACCUGUGUUGAGAGUUAGUGGCAGCCUCUCUGUGUAGCCGUGGUGGUCGUAAUUAGCCUCGAUACAACUCUGGUCGGUCGAAGCGGCUUCUCGACGACCCCUGUGGGGGGGGAGGGAGAUUGCGGAGUACGGUUUUUUCUGUUCAGUUGCUGGCAACUUUGUGUCCUUUAAGAUGUUUGAAGCCGCCGGGUGGUUUCUAGAAUGACCGAUCGAAAGUUGUGCGAAGUUCACCCCUAACCCGACAGUGCAGAGGAAGCUAUGUUCUCGUUAUAUCAGUCAUACAUCUCCUUUUCAUUGCGUGAUCACACACUGUGCACAUGCUUGUAAGCGCAAGAGGUGAUGAAAGGAAGGCAAUGGAUUGAUUCCCACCGCGCCGUCUGUUUAGGGGUGAACGAAGCGUAGACAUUUCAGUUGGAUGGGUGCAGUCGUGCACCAAAGCCUCCAUACCUCUGAAACACUCUGUGGUCCUGUAAAAAUGCCUCGUUCGUCCUCUGUGUCUCUUAGACGUUUUUUCACCACCUUGCGCGAGUUUAAUCUGUGGAUAGUACGCUUUUGGGAGACAUGCCUGUCCCCCUCUUUUUCCUUGUACCACAACUUACUUUGCCCUAGCGUAAUUGAGCGAAGUGUGGUGGGAUCAGUCAAGCCAAACCCCUGAGAAGUGUAGUGAGUGCGAUGUGUAUUGAAAAAGUGCCUAACCACAAAUUGUGCCUUCCUGCCCCCCCCCCCCCCCCCCCCCCCACCCACUUCCUUUCCCUCAAAGUCCCAUGUGUCUGCCCUUCUUGCAAAUACACCGUGAAUAUGUAAUCGCUGUUUUGCAACGAUUCCAUUUUCCUUGUUUUCAAAACGGUUGCAUUGUUUGAAGACGCAUGCGUGUCCCAUAUAGGAUUAAUCGGAACCAUACUUGUUCCUUUUCGCUAAAAGAACUUCCAGAGCCGAAGUAGACAGCAUUGACGCACUCCACCGUCUUUGUGCCACCUUACCUCUCUUUGCAUUUCGGAAUUCGACGACUGGUGAACCCCAAGCGGCUCAAUUUUCCCGAGCACACACCAUCGGUCCUUGCUCAACGUUAGCGGAGACUGAUCUCUUUGAAGCACGCUUACGGCACUUUUGGGUCAGUGGCAGCAUACCAAAAAGAUGUUUCGCGACAGAGAAGUGCCACGAAGUAAACGAGCGCCUCCAAUAGGAAUUCGGAAUUGUUUCGUGUAAACCAUUCUCAAAAGUGAAAUCUGCUCAAGCUACGAUCUAUGCUGUUUCCCAAUUAGUUGUGCUGGCGAUUUUUCAGACUGUUUGUCGCACGCUUUUUAUUUAUUUUUUAGUGUCACGCUUCGUCUCAUCUAUACUCAAGUUUCCGAAAAGGCUGACCUGUGAAAUGUCCAGUAGGACUGAAUUGUUUUUUUUUGUUUUUUUUCUGUUCUUGUUUGCGAGGGAACAAAAUAGCCCUUUUUGUAUGAGCACCAAGGGACAAGAAAUGAUCCACUUAAUAAUAGUAAUUAUUAUUAUUAUUAUUAUUAUUAUUAUUAUUAGACGCACAAGGAGAAAAGUUUCAGAAGGCUCGGAAGCAAGGCACGCGCACAAUUCAAAAUCCGACAAAUCAUGUGACCUAUCGGACGCAUGUGUGUCUGUGUCUUGCAUUGGUGGCAAGUCGUUGAAUUUGACGUGCUUGCUUGUGGCCAUCUAGAAAGUUGAUGUCUGACGUAAAGACGUCACGUCGUCAGCCUUUGAACUGUGUAAGAAAACUUUCAGGACAACUCUCAGAGAUGCAGUAUGCAGAUUCAGGAUCGUUGCAUAGAGAGGCAUUCAAAUAAAUGCUGCAGUUCACAAAGAAAAAAAAAAGAAAAUUGCCAGCAUUUUGCGUUUAUAGAUUGAUUCCACCAGAAGGACGUGGGACGACGGUUGGUUUGGUCCUUGUUGCUUUUUUCAACGGCUCGUUCUUAUUUAGGAAUGGCUGAGAAGCGCCCUUUGCCGUCCACCGCGGUUGCAAUUGGGCCCCCGUGAAAAAGAAAAACGUCCAAAGAAAAAAAAAAUGUACAUGGUUUGCUUGUGUGGUUUCUUGUCUCGAAAACUUUCUGAACUGGAGGGCCCCUACUUUGGAGUGGUGUAUUUAUUUAUAUUUUAUGCAGAAUAAAAUUCUAUGAGGUGCUUGUUGUGAGGUGAA